GGGCUUCUCCGAUUGGUCAGAUUCUUGUGAUCUGCAGUCACGUGGAAUCGGGACGCGGAAGUGUGGGUUUCCAGGAAGCUUGAUUCCCUCUGUCGCCUGUCUGGAGUGUCUCGUGUGUGUGUGUGAGAGAGAGAGAGAGAGAUGGAUGCUCGGCUCUGUGUGCUGCUCAGCGGCGCGGUUCUGAUCCGCUGUGUGCUGCUGUGCAUCGGUGUGUAUCAGGAUCAGAGUCUGCAGCUCAAGUACACGGAUGUGGAUUAUCACGUGUUCACGGACGCCUCCAGGUUCAUCACACAGGGUCAGAGUCCGUAUGAGAGAUCCACGUACCGCUACACUCCUCUGCUGGCGCUGCUGCUGACGCCGAACGUGCUUCUGAGCGCUCACUGCGGGAAGCUGCUGUUCGUGGGCUGUGAUCUUCUGUCCGCUCUGCUGCUCUUCCGGCUGCUGGUUCUGCGUGGCUCGUCUCGGAGCUCGGCGAGGGUUUACUGCGGUCUGUGGCUGUUUAACCCUCUGACCAUCGGUGUGUCCACCCGUGGGAACGCAGAGUCUCUGCUGGCUGUGCUGGUUCUGUCCUCACUGCUGUGUCUGGAGUCCAGGAGACGGACGUCUGCAGCGCUUCUGUUCGGUCUGUCCGUCCACAUGAAGAUCUACCCGGUCACUUACGCGCUGCCCAUCGCUCUCUCCCUGACCGGAGCACCGUCCCGCGGCCGAGGACUGAUCCAGAACCUGCUCCGCUGCUUCAACAGGGAUCUGCUGCAGUUUGCGGCCGUUUCUGGAUCAGUGUUCUUGGCUCUGAACCUCAUCUUCUACAACAUGUACGGCUGGGAGUUCCUCCAGGAGUCGUAUCUGUUCCACCUGACGCGCAGAGACAUCCGUCACAACUUCUCUCCGUACUUCUACAUGCUGUAUGUGACGGCGGAGCAUCGCUGUAGCGGCGUCCUGUCGCUCGUCUGCUUCCUGCCCCAGCUGCUGCUGCUGCUGCUGUCCUCGCUGGCCUUCCGCUCUGACCUGCCCUUCUGCUGCUUCAUCCACACCGCCGUCUUCGUCAGCUUCAACAAAGUCUGCACUUCACAGUAUUUUCUGUGGUAUCUGUGUCUGCUGCCGCUGGUUGUGUCUCGACUGACGCUGGGUUGGAGACGAGGUCUCGGGCUGCUGCUGCUGUGGUUUGUGGGACAGGCGCUGUGGCUGUCGCCGGCGUAUUAUCUGGAGUUCGAGGGCCAGAACACUUUUGCUCUCAUCUGGAUCGCCGGCCUGCUGUUCCUCCUCAUAAACUCUCUCAUACUGGGACAAAUAAUCUCCCAUUACAGACCCGCGGACGCCCAGCUGAAGAAGACCGACUGAACAUC